AUGCUAGCAAUGGACCAGCAUCAUCAGGAGGAGUCGUGGUGUCCCCCUGGGUUUAUGUUCCAUCCCACAGAGGAGGAGCUGGUGGGCUACUAUCUGGCCAGGAAGGUGGCCGCCCAGAAGAUCAACCUCGACAUCAUCCAGGAGGUCGAUCUCUACUGGAUCGAGCCAUGCGGCCUGCAAGAGAGGUGCAGCGGCGGCAGGCGUGGAGCCGGAGCACGGCCGGGUCAGGAGGACCAGUCAUCGUCGGAGUGGUACUUCUUCAGCUUCAAGGACUGCAAGUACCCCAGUGGAACACGCACCAACCGCGCCACGCCGAUAGGGUUCUGGAAGGCCACCAGCAGGGACAAGCCGGUUACGUCGUCGCGUAGCCGGGGUGUCAUCGGCAUGAGGAAGACGCUCGUAUUCUACAGGGGCCGCACACCCAGCGCACCCAACGGUAGAAAGACCAACUGGAUCAUCCACGAGUACCGCACCCGGACAAGCGAGCACGCGCCCACACAGGAGGAAUGUUGGGUGGUGUGCCGGCCGUUCCAGAAGCUGGCGCCGAACCAGACGCAUUCUUACAUCUUCCCGGCGUACACUGCCGCGCCGGGCCUCGGGGGCUAG